AAUGCUUUGAGCUUCCUCUUUUAAUGCCGAUCCGUGUACAAGAUGGCCAAGAAAACGGACAAGAAGAAAAGUCGCUCCGCCCUGAACGAGGUGGUGACCAGGGAGUACACGAUCCAUCUCCAUAAACGCAUUCAUGGAAUUUCCUUCAAGAAGCGUGCCCCAAGGGCCAUCAAGGAGAUCCGCAAAUUCGCCAAGAAGAUGAUGGGAACAGAGGAUGUGCGAGUAGACACAAGACUCAACAAGCACGUCUGGUCCAGAGGAGUCAGGAGUGUACCAUUCAGAGUAAGGGUACGUCUGGCCAGAAAGAGAAAUGAGGAUGAAGACUCUCCCAACAAGCUUUACACGUUAGUCACCCACGUCGAUGUUGUAACAUUCAAGGGAUUACAGACAGUCAACGUAGACAGCGAGGACUAGAUGAUUAUAAAGAUAUUGGGGGUUUGCGGACAACUUUUUGAUGCUUUUGAUGAAUGUAGUGUUCCAAAGUGACCUGGUACUAGGUGAUCUGAUGGAAUGUAGAGAUUUGAAGUGUCUCAACACUACAUGAAUCUGUGGCGUGUACAGAUUCAGGGCUGACUUUAUUCAUGUUGGGACUCGUGGGGUUUAAGAUGUUUUCUGGAAAAUAAAAUAGCAUCACGCUACCGGAAGAUUAUAA